AUGGCUCUCCAUCAACGGCUCCUGCGCGACAUCGCAGAGUUUCAAUCAAAGCCUUACCCGUACAUCACGUUCAUUCCCCGGACAGACAUCCGCAGCGCUUGUCUCAUUCUUACUCCGGAAGCAAAGAGGCCAAUCCACCUUACGGUCAACAUUCCUCAGGACUUCCCGCUCCAUCCACCAACCAUUGCCUGUGACACCCAAAUUCGACACCCCAACGUAUUUGGCAGAUACAUCUGUGCCAGCAUCCUCAACACAAAGGACGGCUAUACGCCGGCGUACACUCUCCAGGGUAUAGCGAUACAGAUAUUGAGCUUCUUCAAUAGCGAUCAUAUCGAACAGUCAUCAGGCAGGCAGGUUGAUCUGAGAACAUACCGGCAAAUUAGCAAUACCCAUCCACAGCAUCGUUGCCCUUUCUGCCAAUUUGGGAUUGUCGAUCCCCGAGGGUGGGCAACGUCAACAGACUCUAGAUCUGCAACAACUCUUACUCCUGUUGCCGUCUCCUAUGGCACAGUUCCCAAAAGUGCUCCUGCUGUCACUACACAGCCUUUUGCACGUCUUCCGGACGAAAUCUUGGCUAUCGUCUGCGACAAAUUAGAAUCCGAGGACCUUUCGAACUUGGCUCGUUCCUGGAACAGAGUUGGCGGCCCUCGAGGUAUUGUGACAAAGUUCAACAUUCUUCGAAACCGUGAAUUACAAUGUUUUGUCCUCAAGAAGUCCUUCCGGGAUACCCCAUUGGGAAUCGGAGUGGAUGCUCUUGUCACUCCAGGAAGAAAGAGAAUGAUCGCGAGCGAAUUCGAUCUUAUCUCUGACGAUGCCUAUAAAAAUCUUCGCGUUCGCACAUCUGUCCACGGAACACCAUUCCGGUCCUGGCUGCCUCUACCUCUGUCUCGCAGCCAUUACGCUCUAAUCAAGGACCGUAUCAGUGGUUGUCUCGGUAACAUCGCCCGCGCGGCAGAACUGGGGCAGUUGACAGGAUCAGAUAUUAUCUACCACUUCCUGAACGACAUUGUAGUAAGGUUGAGCCAAGCUGCACUGCCUCAGGAAUACAGCAGCAAUUUCCAUCAAAGACUCGAGCAACGUGUCCUCGAGCAGCAAGACAGCAAGAGCACCCUAAAGCAUGCUUCAGAGAAGGCCAUCGAGUCAUACUUUCAUAUAUUCCACCUCCUUUUGUGCUUGGCUACAACCUACAAGUCUGUUGUCCAGGUCGCCAAUGGUGUGCUCGAAGACUUCAAGAAUGGCUACACCUCAAAAGCUCAUUGUCCGAACCUUGGACAUCUUCUCAUUGCAUCUCUCAUUGCGGAUGUGGACUUCACUCAGCAGCUCCGAAUCGCCCUCAUCCGCGAGGCAGUUACUCGCAACGUUGUGUGGAUGCUUGAUAAGCGGAGGGGCGCCGGUAAGGUGGAUCUCGUGUACAUGGAACCGGAUGAAGUCUGCGAAUAUCGACUGUCAAAAACGUUUCAGGCUUCCAAGACAUCAUACCGUCUGCUGAUGUUCAUUAACCUAUUUCGCCUCACCGUGAACCGUGGCAGCGGUCACGGUCGGAAAACCUUGGUUCAAAUGCGCGACGAACUAUAUGAUUCGCAUGGUGCUCCGCCGUUCGGUGCUGCAGCACGUCUUGCCCACCAGGUCAAAGAGAUUCAAAAUGUCGACAACUUUCUAGACUUUUUGGCUGUCAUGGGUAUUGAGCACUUGCCGACCAAGGUGGAACUGACCGAGUUUCUCCGGAACUGUGUGAGAGACAGUAUGAGAAAGGGAUAUUCGGUUCCGGGAGCCAGUCAGACUGGUGCCAAGGCAAUGCGAGAAGGUGUCUCCAGGAGUAAUGAGCGAGUGUACAGCUUUUUCCCGAGCCGUGAGCAUAGAGGCUAUGGCUUCCCUGGUCUCGAUCGUCGCUCUGCAAGCCGCGGACGACAACCAGCUCGCUGUGGGCGUGACUAUCGGGCCCGUGGUGGAAGCGGUCGAGGACAUGGUCGUUACUGAGUGAUCGGUUGAGAUAACGUAUCAAAAGCCAAUGUUACGAAACACGACAUGC